GAUUGGAUCGGAUCAAAACCCCCAAAUUUGAAAUUUGAUUGUUCAUCAUCAUCAUCAUCUUCAAGUGAAAAUGGCAAGUUGCAGUAUGGCAUCUGCUGCUUCAAGAUUUAUGGUGACACCAAAUGUCACCACCUCCAACACAACCACAAUUAAGCCCAAUAUGGUGGUUCUCUUACCUUCCCAAAAUACCAGGGCUUCAAGAUUGGUUGUCAGGGCUGCUGAAGACGCCGCGCCACCACCUGCCGCCGGUGAACCAACCACCAGCACCAUCGCAGAGAAGCCUAAGCCACCACCAAUUGGACCCAAGAGAGGAACCAAGGUGAGAAUCCUGAGGAAGGAGUCCUACUGGUUCAAAGGAGUGGGAUCAGUUGUGACUGUAGAUCAGGACCCAAAGACUCGGUACCCGGUGGUUGUGCGAUUUAACAAAGUGAAUUAUGCAAAUGUCUCAACCAACAACUAUGCAUUGGAUGAGAUCCAAGAAGUUUAGAAGGAGUUGCUUGUUGAUGUUGUGAUUCUAGAAUUCAUCCCAUUUCAAUCUUUUGCUACAUAUUUUAUCCAUGAAUUUGUACCAUAUUCUCUAUCUCAGUUUCUUUUGUGCCUAAAUUUUGGUCAUAAAAUAUAUGGCAUUGCUAACCCUUCAUUCAAA